UUCAAGGAAGGGCGUCUCUCUGAGUUGCUCUGUGAAGUCUUCACACUCCUUCCUUCUAGAUGGAGGACAAGGAGACAAAUGUGAAGACAGAGAUGUCCUUGGGUCUCACCUGCUUGCUGAUUCUCUUGGCCAGCUGCUCUGGCUGCCAGCACCGCACGUGCCACUGUGCAGGCAGGAUAUUCAUCUGCCAGGAAAGCAAGGUGGUCCAGCUGCCCCGGGACAUUCCCACCAAUGCCACAGAACUGAGAUUUGUCCUCACCAAGAUGAGAGUCAUUCCAAAGGGAGCUUUCACAGGACUUCAUGACCUAGAGAAAAUAGAGAUCUCACAGAAUGAUGCCUUGGAGAUCAUAGAAGCAAAUGUGUUUUCCAGCCUUCCCAAACUACAUGAAAUAAGAAUCGAGAAGGCCAACAACCUCGUGAAGAUUGAUCAAGAUGCCUUUCAGCACCUUCCAAGCCUCAGAUAUCUGUUAAUAUCAAAUACAGGCCUUAGGUUUUUACCUGUUGUCCAUAAGGUGCACUCCUUCCAGAAGGUUUUGCUAGAUGUUCAAGACAAUAUCCAUAUUCGUACAAUUGAAAGGAACACAUUCAUGGGCCUGAGUUCUGAAAGUGUGAUUCUACGGCUAAAUAAAAACGGGAUUCAGGAAAUCAAGAAUCAUGCAUUUAAUGGAACCUGCCUGGAUGAGCUAAUCCAUAUUGUGUUUUCCAGAAAUCUAAGUGACAAUCACAACUUAGAAAAACUACCAGAUGAAGUCUUCCAAGGAGCCAUCGGGCCUGUUGUUUUGGAUAUUUCAAGGACAAGAAUCAGCUUCCUGCCAAGUCAUGGAUUAGAAUUCAUUAAGAAGCUAAGGGCGAGGUCUACAUACAAGUUAAAAAAACUUCCUGAUUUAAGCAAAUUUAGAUCUUUGAUUGAGGCAAACUUCACCUAUCCUAGCCAUUGCUGUGCAUUUACAAACUGGAAAAGACAAAACACGGAAUUAUACCCAAUAUGUGGCAUAUCUCAGGCUAAGCAAGACCUCGCUGAACAGACUGGCAAAAAGAAACGCAGACGAUCUGCAGCUGAAGAUUACAUUUCCCAUUAUGGCACACGUUUUGGCCCUGCAGAGAACGAAUUUGACUAUGGCUUGUGCAAUGAAGUCGUCAUUGUGGCUUGCUCACCCAAACCUGAUGCCUUCAACCCCUGUGAAGAUAUCAUGGGACACAAUGUUCUGAGAGUUUUGAUAUGGUUUAUCAACAUUCUAGCUAUCACUGGGAACACCACUGUCCUAAUUAUUUUAAUAAGCAGUCAAUACAAACUCACUGUACCUCGCUUUCUAAUGUGCAAUCUUGCAUUUGCAGAUCUCUGCAUAGGUAUCUAUCUGUUGUUUAUUGCAUCAGUGGAUAUCCAGACCAAAAGCCAGUAUUACAACUAUGCCAUAGACUGGCAAACUGGGGCAGGAUGCAACGCUGCAGGAUUUUUUACUGUUUUUGCAAGUGAGCUCUCGGUCUACACGCUGACUGUGAUAACUCUGGAAAGGUGGCAUACUAUUACAUAUGCCAUGCAACUUAACCGCAAGGUUCGACUUCGGCAUGCUGUGGUUGUAAUGAUUUUUGGCUGGAUGUUUGCUUUCACAGUGGCACUUCUUCCCAUAUUUGGCAUCAGCAGCUACAUGAAGGUCAGCAUCUGUUUGCCCAUGCACAUAGAAACACCAUUUUCUCAGGCUUAUGUUAUAUUUCUUCUAGUGUUGAAUGUACUCGCCUUUGUGAUCAUCUGCAUCUGCUACAUCUGCAUCUACUUUACUGUGAGAAACCCCAAUGUUAUCUCUUCAAACAGUGACACCAAAAUUGCCAAGCGCAUGGCUAUAUUGAUCUUCACAGACUUCCUCUGCAUGGCACCAAUAUCUUUUUUUGCAAUAUCAGCUUCACUCAGGGUUCCUCUCAUCACGGUGUCCAAAUCCAAGAUCCUUUUGGUUUUGUUUUACCCCAUUAAUUCCUGCGCUAACCCUUUCCUCUAUGCCAUUUUCACGAAGACUUUUCGCAGGGAUUUCUUCAUUCUGUUGAGCAAGUUUGGUUGCUGUGAAAUGCAAGCCCAGAUUUACAGAACAGAGACUUCCUCAUCUGCUCAUAAUUUCCACACAAGAAAUGGCCAUUACCCUAAUGCAUCAAAAAACAGUGAUGGGACUAUUUAUUCACUGGUUCCUCUGAAUCACUUGAACUGAAAUGCUUGCAUGAAUUUGUGUCUGAGGCAGUGUGAUAAUCACUUUCAACUAUUUGAAUAAUGACUUCAACAUAGCAUGCAAACGUAUUUUUUUAUGAGAAAACAUUUCUAUUUCCACUUUGCUUUUUUGUUCGUCCUCAUAGAUGACACAUAAUCUUCAUUAGUUCUUGAAGGACAAAGAAUGAGACUGCAAUAUACGUCAAAGUGUCCUUGUAGAAUUGUGUCCAGAAAUAAAUGAGCUUACAAAUGCAUAUCUCCUACUAUACAGGCAGAGAAUCCCCUCAGUCUAGGAAGAUGUCAGAUGCUUAUUGAGAAUGAAGUAAUAGUUAUAUGUGGUCAAAAAGGAGGAGGAAAAAAAAAAAGUAGAAUUACUUCUGUUGUCUGUAAAAUGUGUUGGAACAAUGGCAAAUAAUAUUAACCAUGUCUUCUGAGAUUACAGGAGACAGAAGCCCAGUUUAAUGCGCCCUACGACUGCGUUGAUCGAGAUAGGUGGGCCCAAAGGAUCAGAUUUCAUAUGAAUUUCUAACAGUUUUGUUCAGCUUAAGUUCUGUUUUAGAAAACGAGAGAGGAAAAACAAGAGCAGAAGGAAUCCUUCAUAACAAUUAUUUUUCAAUGCGGUUUAAUAAAGUUGGGUUGAAACUGCUUUUGCAGGGCUGGAUCCCUGGAGUGGGGCAAGGUGAGCCAAUGGGUACUCUUUGAGAGUGUAAGAGGCACUGUAGGCCUGUACCAUCCCUUCAUGGGACACUGAUCCAUUUAUAGCUGCUUUCAAGGUAGCUGUUCGUGGUUGGUUUUUGUUUUGUUUUUAACUGAAAAAAAGCAGUGUAAGAAAAAAA